AGUUUUUAUAACCAGAUUUAUAAAUAUUGAUUCACAUAAAACGGUUGGUUUAUAAACAAAAUGAAGGAGAUUUUCUUAAUCUUCGUCGCUAUUCUGUGGUAUAUCGUGGAGAGCGCCAAGAUUCGGGCAACCCGCAGGCAAUGGAUUCAGUAUCAACCACCCAACCGAAACAUUUUUCCUGUCCAAAACCAAUACUUCAAUUGGCAGUACCCGAACCAAAAAUUCCCGAUUUACCCGAAAAGUAAACUCGUAUAUAGCUAUAUUAACCCGCUCGGUGAGCGAUUUAAUAUGUAUGGAGUUAAUAAAGGAAAUAUUGGUGCAUAUACCGCUUAUCUAAAUGGACAAUUUGCAAAUAGAGGACAAAAUAUGUAUCAAAAUUGGCCUGGAUCUCGCCAGACGGCCUGGUGGGUAAAUAGAGGGCUAAUUGGUCAAGCAGGAUAUCAAAACUGGCUUAAUUCUUUUGGAACACCUAUUGUUUAUAAAAACUUAGUCGGAACACGUACUUUUUAUAACAACUUGGCCAAUGGAGGACACGAUCUGAAUUUAUCUAUUAAUCGAAAUGAUAACUCUGAAAGUAAAGGGCAAGAUGAUUCUGAUAUUGACAUUCGCAAUAGCGCACCAAACCCUGAACAAGUUAAUUAUUCAGUUAAACAUAAUAUCCAAAAUGAAGAAAAUGAAAGCCAAAAAAAUACUUUUUUUGCCAAAAGUGGUGUGUAUGGGAAACAAAAAACUCAAUUUAAUAUCAAUAAGGAAGAAAGUGGCUCAUUUUUUUCAGUCACUGAUCACAAUGCGAUAAGUUUAGCAAAUAUCGAUGUUUAUGAUUUAGAUCAAAAUAAAUUAGACGUUGCCAACGAAGCUUCACUACAAGAUGUUGCGAGUGAAGUUAGUACUGAAAACGUAGAAAAUAUCAGUAAUAGUAUUUUAACAGAAGAUGAAACACAAAACUGGGCUGACGAAACACACAGUGAAAAUACAGUGACAAUUGGUGGCUGGAACAGUGAUAAUGUCAAAAAUGAUUUGACUUCUGAUAAUGAAGAUAUUAUCACAGACGUUGAAGCUGACAACGAAGACAAUACUGGCACAGAAAGUUACAUGGCUGAAAAUCUUAUUUCAACAGGACACAAGAGUUCUGUUGAUAGAAAUGGACUAAACGUGGCCGAUGCUCGUCUUCAAAAACAAUUCAAAGAAGUUGGUCGAAGCAUUGACCUCACCGCUCUAUUACAGAAUUGGAGUCCUCUUCCUCAUAGGAACUUAUAUCCUGCAAAUCAAAAUAAUCUAAACUGGGUAUCCAAUUAUCCAUUCCUUGUGAACGGACAUAACAGAAUGAAUGUAAAACCUUUUCGGGUCCAACCCUUCGGCUGGCCACCAAACCAACAACAAAUGAUUAGAUAUAAUAUGCCAUGGAAUGGUUUUUACGGAAAUUAUCAACAACCACGCCCUACUCAUCCAAACUUUAUACCAAGAUUUACAAAAUGGAUUUUACCUCUUCGAGAAAAACAAAACUGGGCCAACGCAAUACACAGUGAUAACACAGUGACAGUGAGUGGCUUGAACAGUGAUGAUGUAAAAGAGAUUCAUGAUGAUAAUGAAGAAAGUGUUCACCCAGUGACUCUGAUACCGGAAAACGAUUUCACUUCUGCUAAUAAUGAAGAUACUAUCACAGAUGAAGUUGACAACAAAGACAAUGGUACAGUGAUAGUGAGUGACACGAACAGUGACAAUGUCAAAGAGAUUCAUGCUGAUAAUGAAGAAAGUGUUCACCCGGUGACCGUGAUACCUGAAAACGAUUUGGUUUCUCCUGAUAAUGAGGAUAUUAACACAGAUGUUGAAGAGGGCAACAAAGACAAUACUGGCACGGAGAGUAUCAUGUCUGAAAAUAUUAUUACAACAGACGACAAGAGUACUGUUGAUAGAAGUGGACUGUACGAGGCCGAUGUUCGUCUUCAAAAUAUUAUAUCUUCACGAGAAAUAAUUUCUCCAGAACAAGUAAAUAAUCUUGUUCCACGUAUUUGCUUCAAUCCGAAUGUAAUAAAUAUUAAACCAGGAUAUGAAAGAUUCACAUCAGCAAAAGCUAGACUUAACACUUUCCUGAAAAUGCUUCAAAUGUUUGGUAUACGCCACUUACCGCGAUAUAUCUACAAAAACGUACCAUCUCAGAACUUGGAUAUGGAAUAUGACCUGGAUGAAAGACGUCCUUUUGAUUUUGAUUAUGCUGAAGAUGCUGUUCAACCAAGCCUUUACAGAAAGUUUCCAUUUUUAUAUCAAAGACCACGAAAAGUUAUAAAUUUUCCGGGACGAUUUAAUAGAUACAGACAGUCUUAUGCUGAUGCACGUGAGCUUGAUAUUGAAUCAGCAAUUUUGAGACCAAAUGAAACUCCUUCAAAUGAUGCAAAUAAUGCUAAUGAGAUAUACUUUAAGCUUCCCGAAUCCCAUUUUUUCAAACAUAAUCAUAUUGCUAAACAUGAUUAUGAUACAAAAAAUCACGUUGGAUCUUUGCUAACAAUAAAUUUAGAAAAUAUGAUGCGGGAUGAACUAAACACACCAGAGGCUUCAGAAAAGUAUGUUCGUCAAUUGAUAGUAGAUAUAGUAGCUGACUUAGUAAGAUUCCCCUCCUCUAAUAAAUGUCACAGUGAAAAUAUUACAAAAUUAUUAGAAGGAAUAAAAGAUAUUGUCGAUGCGUUGAAAUCAGAGCAGUGCUAAAAACACAUUAAUGAUUACUGGAGCAGAAGAAUAGAUUUUACUUUCGCCACUAAAAUUUGACGACAUAAAUAUAAUUAUUAUUCCAUAUAUAAUAAAGGAAAUUUUUGAAAGUCUACUUUUGAUUUCCUGUAAAUAAUAAUAUUUAAAAAUCACCUGAAGCUUAAUAACAUGUUAGACAAGCCAAUUAAAAUAAUGCAAUUUUGAUAACAUUUAGCAUUAUAUUUUUCAUUUUAAAUUUAGCGCACUGGAUUUAAAUUGUGUAGCCUAUUACUUUUCAACAUGUUCAUGUAGCAAUAUAGUUAUAUAAAUCGAUUAUAAUAUAUAGAAUUCUGUAAAUAUGUAAUACAAUAAAUUAUAAUAUAUUUAAAGGCAAUGAAAAGCAAAGCGACGCAAUAUAAAAUUUAUAUAUCUGUAGAACUGAACGUUCAUUCUCAGCAUUAAAGUUCCUAUUUGAGUAAUCGCUUCGAUUUUCAUUACCUCUUUAACUCAUAACUGCUCCUAAGUGCUAUAAUAUUGACCGUUAAAUCAGAUUUCAUGGCUUAUAAUGUGACAUUGUGUUUCUAUUAAUUCUCGCCUCGUAUUUAUACGGCUGGUAUUUGGGGGUGCAGUAUUUGCAAUAUGUGGCUUUGGGUAGGUUUAUAUUUGACAUCGGCAGUUGUCACAGCUCAGAAUACCGUUCUUUCUACUAAUGAAAACAAAUUGCCAAAUAAUACCAAAUGUGAAGAGGUGUUACUUAAACUCUGGACGAUAUUUGCUAACCAGCUAUAUGAAGAUGGAGGUGCUGUGAUAGUUCCAAGUCAAGAUCAUAUUAUAUACGCCUUAACAUUGAUAAAAAAAUCUAUAUUAGAUAAAGAAGAUGUUGAAAAUGUAGAUCUUAAAGAAAGAUUGUUUCUUCGUGAAGCAGAACUAGCGAAAUCUAAAGGAGUAUAUCUAUACGAUAAUAGGCCUUUACAAGCUUUGCUCGAUCAAGAAUUGAUUACGAAUGAGAAUCAAAAUGUUGGAGUCAAACCGUCGCAAUAUAAUCUUAACAAUGCUGCAUAUACUCAUCAAUUCAUUGGGUUAAAUACUAAUGAGAAAGAAUCUACAAGAAAUCGUGUUGAAAGCAUUCCCAAUACAAUAGGUCAGGAACAUGACUUAAAUAUGGCUGAUUCAAAUAAAAUACUUCACGCAGUUCAACUCUCAAAGGAGACAAAUCAUCUCCUUGGGAGCGAUUAUAUAGCUGAUUUAGAUCACGCUAAGGGGGUUGCUGAUAAAAUGAACAAAUUAUAUGAAUCAAGCAAUGAAUAUAAAUAUACUUCGAAUUCUCAGCAACCACUUCGUAAUCUUAAUGAGAAUUUUGUAGGUGCCAGCGUAGGAGUAGUGGAUACUCCAUGGAUGUCAUCUUUUUAUCCUAAGCCUGCUGUCGUGCAAGCAAGUUAUGAAUCACCUACAAAUAACAUAAAUCAAGAUCGCGACUUCGGCCAGUCAAAUACUUUGUAUAAUAUACCGACACAAGGCAUGAACAAUAACGCUUUUAACCAAUCCUACACAUCAAUCACGAAUGCAGUGCAAUCGAAUGCAAAUGGAAUUAAAAACGCGAUACCUAAACCAGAAUAUACAAAUCAAUUUAACACAUUCGUUAAUGCUAAAUAUCACCCUAAUCCUGCUCACUAUGGUGAAGCAACGAAAGAAGUAUUACCAAGUGAUCCUCCUAUAACUAGUAACGCAUAUGCUCAAGCGUUAGCUGCCCCUAAGGUAAAAUUUAACAUGCAUAAACAUCCUUACUACGAAAAUAAAAAAGUCGGACAAAUCCUGCAAUAUACACCUCAAAACAUUGCUCAAUUUUCAGACGUAAUUCCAAUAAAAACGAAUGUAAAUCAACAAUCGUAUGUACCGAAUAACCGUUUAAAUUAUAAUGUCUACUCUUUACUAAACCCUUACUCCUCGAAAAAUUAUCUUCAAAGUAAUGCAUUUAAACAACAUCAGAAUCCACCCUAUAUUUAUAAUAAUUACUAUACUAAUCAAUAUAAUCCAGUACUUGCACUAAGGCCAAAUAAUGCAAACGCAAAUACAGCAUUUCAACAACCAGGUAUGAAUACACAGAACAGUAUCUAUACAAUGCAAAACUACUUUAAACAGAACCAUCCCAACACUGUAUUUGGUCAAAACAUACAUGGCAUGCCACAUCCUUCAAAUUACAAUGCAAACGUAAUUUUUAGAUCUCCACGAGCCUACACAUAUAGUACAAGGUAUUUUCAUAAUAACGGACCUUUCACACAACAAACUUUAAAUUACUACAACGAUCAAAUGGUUAUCGAUAAGCUAGCAAAUUGGAUUAGUGGAACGAAUUCAGUGAAAUUGAAUUCAAAUAUCGACACUGAAGCUGAGAUAGAACUGACGUACAGAGUGAAUAAGCCACCCCCUUUGUACCGCCCAGCGGUUUUCUACGUUAAAUUCCGAAUGCCAUAUAGCCAAUUUGCUAAACACUUAGGUGAAUUGUUGAAGAUGCAAGAGAACUCAAGAUCGUCUUCAACAAACACAGAUUUGUACAAUGAUUUGGCGACACAAUACAAUGCUACAGUAAUACCAACAGAUAUGGCCAGGAUUCCCGAAGAUAUAAAAAGUCCAGAGGAAAAGUUUUUAGUUAGAGCGAGAUACAUCCAACCGGAUGAUUCAGGCAAUGACAAUAAUUCAAAUUCAGUAGAUAUAAUUAAUUUGGUCAGAGACGAAGAACCGAACAAUGCAAAUGUUGAAAAUCCAGUUAAUAAUGUAGAAAAUAAUGGUCAAAUUUCACUGAAAAAUGUGAAAUAGCGCCAAUUUUGCAGAAAAAAACCAGCGUGAUUGUCUCGAUUCCUUUAUUGGAGAAAUUGUUAACAAAUUGAACGAAUUUUAUAAAAUACGCCAUGCCAUGAUAUUCGUGUCUUGGUUACCUAUUCUGAUUAUAAUGUUUUGAAGAUAAUGCUAUUAUUCUCAAUAUUACGUAUUUAUAAUAUUUAUUGUGUUUUAUUAUUAAAGUACUUUUAAGUACUUUAA